AUGGCCGAUGACCAUUUCCUCAAUGUCACUCGAAGCGAAAAUCAUGUUAAUGCAUACAGUAUUGUUGUCAUUGCCUUCAUUACCCUCAGCUCGGCGGCAUAUGGUUACACAGCUGCGAAUAUCGCCACAACUCUGACCCAACCAUCCUUUCAAGAAGAAAUGGGGCUCAUAAACAACCCGAAUGCUAGUGCUAUCACAGGAACAAUAAAUGGCAUAUACCAAGCAGGUGCCGUCUUUGGAGCCUUCUUGGCGGGAUGGAUGAGCGAUCGAUUUGGCCGAAAGCUUACUGCAGCAACCGGAAACGCAAUUAUUCUUGUUUCUGGUGCUUUGCUUACGGGUUCAGUGAAUCCAGCUAUGUUCAUCGUCUUCCGCUUCUUCAAUGGAUUGGGAUCUUUCCUGAUACAAAACAGCGUUCCGGUUUGGAUUGCUGAGCUUGCACCUCCCGGAAUCCGUGGAGCGGUCUCAGAUGCGCAUGCUCUUCUGAUGCUAUUCGGAUAUUGCAUUGCAAGUUUUGUGGGGCUGGGAUUUUAUUUUGUCCCUGGAGAGAAUCAAUGGAGAGGGAUUGUGGGAAUACAGAUGGUACUUCCCACAAUCAUUCUCAGUGGGAUCUACUGGAUGCCCGAGUCCCCCCGCUAUUUGCUUUCCUGUGAUCGAUCAGACGAAGCGUGGAAGAUUGUCACGCAACUCCACGCUGACAAAAAUGAUCCUGAAAGUCAUGAAUUUGCCGCCAGGGAAUUCUAUCAGAUGAGGAAGCAGAUCGAGCUUGAUGUUCGCUUCCGGACCUCCUACUGGGGUAUCUUUACCAACUCGUCUCUAUGCAAGCGAGCUAUCAUGACGAUAUUUUUGGAAUUUAGUAUCUACAGUUGUGGAGUUUUAGUCAUUUUGAACUAUGGAUCCGUGGUAUGGGCAAGCCUUGGCUUUAAUACGGUCCAAAUCCUGGGCUUCCAAGUCGGAUUCCAAUCCAUUGGGUUUGUCACCAACGCUCUUUCGAUGCUAUGGGUUGAUCGUGUGCCCCGACAUUGGUUCAUUUCCUUUGGGCUUGGAACCUGCGCAGUCCUCAUGGCCAUUGAAGCCGCUUUACAGAGCUUUUACUUAGGAAGCACAAAUCGCGGUGGGCUGAUCGCCAGCGCUACUAUUAUUAUGCUAUUCCAAGCCACUUUUUGUGCAUUCUUGGAUGGGCCGACUUACUUCUACAUUACCGAGAUAUGGCCGAGCUACGCCCGCUCCCAGGGCCUGGCUAUCGCCAUGUGCACAUUCGCUUUGACCAACCUGAUAUGGUUAGAGACAGCCCCGUAUGCCUUUGAAGCCAUUGGUUGGAAGUUCUACACGAUUUUUGUGGUUGUCCCUGCUAUCGCGGCUGUCAUAAUCAUCUUCACCUAUCAUGACACUAGACAUAAGCCGCUGGAGGAGAUUGCAGCCUUGUUCGGGGAUGAAAAUCAAGUGGCGGUGUAUCAAAAAGAGUUGGAUAACAAAGGGAUUACCAUGGAGGAUAUGGAAAUUGAGUCUCGGAAGGAGACUGCUGGGGUUCAGGAAGUAGAAAAUGUGGCUGAGCGAGCGUGA